AUAGAACCGUCUCUCGUGAUCUCUCUUUCUCUCAAAACCAAUGGCUAAUGUAUUAUUAACCUUUGUCGUCCUGACCCUCGCUGCGGCCGAUAAAGCUCAUUGCAUCAGAGUUCCUGAUCGGAUCUCCGAACCCGCGAGAGACCCGCCGAGCGGCCAGCCCUUGAAAACCGCGGUUUUCGCUCUCGGAUGCUUCUGGAGAUCCGAGGCCGUGUUUGGGUGCUUCAACGGCGUUGUACGGACCACCGUGGGUUACGCCGGCGGAUCCAAGCCCAACCCGGAGUACCGAAGCUUGGGCGACCAUGCCGAGUCCGUCCAGGUUGAAUAUGAUCCCAGGCUGAUUAAUUUCAGAAAACUUUUGGAGGUCUUUUGGUCCAGUCAUGAUUCUAGGCAAGUAUUUGGGCAAGGCCCUGAUGUGGGAAAUCAGUACAGAUCUAUUAUUUUUACUAAUGGAACUGAAGAAUCUAGAUUGGCUUCUAUAAGCAAAGAAAGAGAGCAAACUAAGUCAAAGAGCAGCAUUGUUACUACUCAGAUUCAACAGCUUGGAACAUUUUAUCCUGCAGAGCCCGAACAUCAGAAAUUUGAGCUCAAGCGAAAUCCCUUUCUUCUUCAGCUAAUUGGAAACCUGCCGGAAGAGGAGCUUGAGAGAUCAAGUCUGGCAGCAAAACUAAACGGCUAUGCUGCAGACCUUUGCCCUUCAACGGUUCAGAAGCAGAUUGAUGCAAAGAUAAAUGAUAUUAUGAGAAAAGGUUGGCCUAUUUUAAGAGAAGUGUAGCUUGCCUUUGGGGCCUAACCUUAGAUGACUAUACUUCAGCUGACAAAGCUCUCGCUAUGUUGCAACAAUCAAUUUGCUUGUUCGAGCUGUGUUGUUGAGAAUCUCUAGCUGUGGGAAAGACAAGCAGCUGAGUUUAUUGAUUCAACUAACUGGUAUCUGAGUCUCGUUGGUGGAGAUGUUAACCUCAGAUGUGCCUGAUGGUUGUUGAACGGGAAAUCUUUGGCUGUGUAAUCAUUGUUAAGAGUCUGAGUUUGUCUUUGUGUUUCUUAGACGUGAGCCUUGGGUCACUUUUGGUGUAAUUUAAAUAGUCAUUUAAAAACAAGUAGAUUUUUCCUCCAAAAAAGGUUGGAAGAAAUUUCUCCAUCGGGUCUAAUAAACUAACAAGUAUCCUUACAACA